CACGAAAACUCUGUUCAUAUUAAUCGCAGUCACACAUGGAGAAUAUCUCAUCCUCUGCAUAGUAUAUGUAAGGGGAGAUGUUCCCAAUUCAGAGGGUAGUGUAUGUGAGUAGGAGUGGACAGAGUUCUCGUGAACAGGAGAUCCGGAGUCUUACGGGAAUGCCCAAUUGUUACUAUCCAACGGAAUAACGACAUUGAAGGUUUCAAACCUCCGAAAACCAACCGUUGCUCCAAAAGAAAUGCAAAUUCCGCUGAAAAAGAGAUCAGGAAAUUAGAAAACAAAGAUGGGCAGUAUUUGCUCUUGGAUUUGGAAAUUGCUGGAAAAUUUAACGCCUUCUUCCACUGAAAAUAAGACCAAGAAAAGGAGGGGAAGAAAUAAUUGGGACCACAGAAGCUCCCCUUCUUCUUAACAACAAGAAGAAGAGAAAGCAAAAGAGAGAGAGACCCAACAAGGAUGAAGGUCUGGAAGAAGGCCUCAGCUGUGUGGAAAGACAAUAACAGCAUUUAUCUUGCCAAGUUGGCAAGAAAGAAAGCUUCUCGAAAUCCAGAGCUUGAAGAAGCCAUCAUCAAAGCUACCAGCCAUGACGAAUUCUCCUUGGAUUACAAGAAUGCCCAGAGAGUCUUUUCCUGGAUUCGCACUUCUCCGGCCUCCCUCCGGCCUUUCCUGCGUGCUUUGUCGGCAAGAAUGGACAAGACUCAGAGCUGGGUCGUGGCUCUCAAGGGCCUAAUGCUAUUGCACGGUGUCUUCUGCUGCAAAAUUCCGGCCGUUCAGAAGAUUGGGAGGUUGCCGUUUGAUUUCUCGAAUUUCAGUGAUGGCCAUUCCAGCACUGUAAAGACAUGGGGUUUCAAUGUAUUCGUCCGUGUCUACUUUGUCUAUCUUGAUCAAAGGUCCGUCAUCUUAAGCCGUGAUUUUGUAGAGAAAAGAGGAAGCAAGGAAAAAGAUGAGUCGAUGAUGAAGCUUCUACUGGAACUGCAACAGUUGCAGGCAUUACUUGAUUUGCUUCUGCAGAUUAGGCCUCAUGCUGAUGGGAUGAAUGUUAAGCUCAUCUUUGAAGCCAUGGAUUGCGUUGUCAUCGAGAUCUUUGAGAUUUAUGACAGAAUCUACAAUGGGAUUGCGAAACUUCUGAUGGGAAUAUUUUCAGCAGGGAAGAAGGAGGCUGCGAAGGCACUGACCGUUUUGCAGAAGGCAGCUAUACAGGGUGAACAGCUCUCUUCUUAUUUUGAUUUCUGCAAGAGAUUCGGUGUUCUGAAUGCAUCAGAGUGCCCCAAAGUUCUGCACAUUCCAGAAGAAGGGAUCCGAGAUCUUGAGAGAAUUAUAAAUGGUGUUCCACUGCAAAAGAAAUCCGAUGUUUCUGAGACCGAUAAGGCGAAGGUUGUGGUAGAAACUAAAUAUGUUGAAGUUGAACUACAGAAAGAACCAGAGAAUUUGCAGAAGACGACGCUAGUUACUGAUAAUUGGGUGGUUUUCGAUGAUCAAGUCAAUAACAAUAAAGGAGAAAUCAGUGAAUGCAAUGUAGAAACAACGAAUUUUAAAGAUCCUUUUGCAGCUUCCCUGAAAUUUCCUCCUCUUGUGCAGAAUCCAGCCAACUCUCCUGCAAUUUCAAGAGAUCUGAUACUGUUGUAGCUUCAUCAGAAUUGAUGUCAUGGAGCUUCGUCAACUGUGGAGAAGCAGAGAAACCGGAUUCAGCGCUUUCUUUCUUGUUUAUCUUUUUUGCGAUUAUUAUUAUUAUUUUAUUUUAUUUUUUUUUGUUUUCUUUCUCGAGUUUUCUUAGGAAUCCUUGUGGGUUCUCUCUAUUUUGUAUGGUAAGGGUUAGGUUCUGAGGAAUAUUCAAUUAUUCAUCAGAAGCUUUCUUACUGUAAUUGUUCUCUAUGACACAGAUCUUUCUGGGUCUUCCUCUUUUUCUUCAGAAUUGACCUUCAGUGAUUGCUUGCUUACCAAAUAAGGUUGAAGAUCA